AUGGCAGAGGGAAAGAGUGAGAGAGCCAGCGUUUUCCCUUUGCCCCUGCCCAGCGUUCAAAAGUUGAGAGACUCGGUGAAAAAGAGAGACGCACGAAGUGUUUGGUUUUUCCUGGUGAUUGUUGGCCUGAACUACCUGAACGGUGGGAUGCAUUGCCCUAUGCAGAGCUUCACCGCCACGCCAUUGCAGAGCGAGAUUUUGGACUACCUCUCGGCACGAGUUGAUUGUUUCCUUGAUCAUCCUUUUGUUUUGGAGAAGUUUGACUGGAGCGUGUUCUUGCAGAGUCGCAGCUUGAGCUAUGCCAAUGAAGAAGUCCGCACUGCAAAAUGGACCACAUGGGCUAAUGUGAAACCAGCACUGCCUCAAGGGUCUAUCGCGUCCAUUGCCGCAGUAGACUUAGCUGAGGAUGGGGUUCUGGAUCUAUUGCUCUCACCUUCGAAAUAUUUGGUUCCAAAUUGGGGAGAUAGUCCCGUGAAGUCUUCGAGGGUUAUGGUAUUGGAUCAAGAUUGGGACACUUUGGCCAGAGGACUGGUUAACUACAAUCUCUGCGCGAUACUACCCGAGUCAGCGCUUUGCCAUCCUGGCGGAGAACCUCUGCUCAACGGGAUGUUUGGAGUCGAAAAGGGAGAAGUUUGUGAAGGUAUCGCCAUUCACAGGCUGAUCAUGAACCUCAUCCCGCUGAACUCUAUCAGUGUGCCGGUUUCAGGUGAUGUCGGGACACUUCCCCUCCUUCACCAGAUGAGUUCACUACAGCUUCAUCCUUCAGAAGAGUUGGUGAUUUCAUCAGAGGAUAUCAGAUGUUUCUUCUACCUCUUCCGACUUCCAUGCGCAUGGUACCCUUUCCUCGGUUUCGGCAAACCGGUGCCCCCGGAUCUUGUUCCCCCAGGCACAAAUGAAAAGUGUUACCUGGCCGCGAAAGUCGUUCCGAUGGGGUACUUGAAUUCCGUUGGGAUAGCCCAGCAUUUGCACAGAAACUUUCUGAAGAAGGCUCAGGGGCCCAUAAAACAGCUGGGUCCUUUCAAUGAAGUUCGAAAGGAUCGCACCUUCCCGUUGAGCAACCCGGUUUGGCGUGUGUAUUUGGACAACUUGGAUGUGCUUCAAAAGACCUCGCCUGACAUGGCCAUGUUGCUUGAGGGCAAGCCCUCUUCGGAGGUAUCUCCUUUGAUCGCUGCUUACGAGGCCAGCGGGAUCCCGUUGAACCCCAAAAAAUCGGCCCAACAAGAGAGAGAGGCGGAGGUGCAAGGUGCUGAUGUACAAGGCUCUGCCGGUUGGUGCCGCCCCAAAAAGGACAAGCUUCAGAAGUACGUGAGUGCCACGCUCUCCUUACUUAGGAGGGCCCGGUGCUCACAGAAGGAGCUUCAGAUUGUGGGAGGCGGUUUGGUGUAUUUCGCCAUGUUUAGGCGUCCACUCAUGUCGUGCUUGAACUUCACUUGGUCGUUCAUUCAGUCCUUCGAAGAACCUGGAGCGCGAGUUCGUCCGAUUCCUGGAGCUGUCAUGUCGGAGUUGAGCAUGUUCAUCUGCUUGCUACCGUUGGCCCACAUAGAUUUUCGGUUGAACACUUCGGAUGUGGUCACCGCGAGUGAUGCUUCGCUUACGGGCGGUGGUGUUUGCGCUUCUAAGUCUGAGACUGCUUUGGGCCGCCAGGUGGGACAAGGCUAUUUCCGAGGAGAAACGAUUCUUGAGCGCCCUGAUGGAGGAAUCGUUUUCAUUGGAGUGCGUGAUGGUAUCUCGUCGGUCAGGGUCGCCUUGGAAGCUCUUCAGGCCAACGUAUGCCUGCACAUAUCCAUUGAAGCAGAAGCUACAGCACGCAGGAUCGUGGAAACAAAUUUUUCCGAUGUUGUUUUCAUUGAUCAUCUUCAGGAUGCCACUCCAGAGAUGCUUCUAAAGUGGGCAGGUUUGGCUUCAAUGGCCAAGUUGGUGAUCGUGGGUGUUGGGUCACAGGAGUGCGGGGCAGAUGAGAAGGGUACAAGCUCAAAAGGAGCCCAAAAGAACCUCGCGAGUAUGAACCUCCAAGACAAAGAAGCUUGCACUCGUGCGGCAGACGUCAUCCCCUUUCGGAUUUGUUCGUCGGUCAUCUCUCCGUGCCGUCGAGAUCGCUUGUACUGGUUUGAUUGGACAUUGGAGCAUGAAGAAGGCGUUGAGCUUUAUCCCCCGACAUCAGGGAAAGCAGAUCAGCAUGGCUUUGUUGCUUUCAAUGGAAAGUUUCCGUUUGUGGGAUGUCUGGAGCCUGGCUGGGCCCUUCAUCCUGCAAGCGAGUGCCUUAGCACUUUUACAGCGGCACUCCCGAGCAAAGCACCCCGUGAGAAACCAGCGGGGAUUGCUAGGUGCGAUAACGCCACCCUUGAGAGAUGGAAGGCUGAUCGUUACCGUUUUCCGCCAUACCAAUACUUGCCGGAAAAAUUGAUUUGGCAUCCUGCCAAAGGUAGCCGCCUCCCUUCCGCAGACGAGCGUGAAAGAUGUCUCGGUUUCCCCUGCGGAUACACGUUGAACGUCUUGGCCAAAACCGAGGCGAAAAGCAAUCCCACCUUGGUGGAUGAUUUGCGCAUGACGGCUUUGGGCAACGCUUGGUCCGUUGUAGUUGUGGCCUUUUUGUUGUUGCAACUCUUACGGCCUCACAAGCUCUGCCUUGUCCAAUCCUUGCAUCAGCUCGUUCUGACCCUCUUUGGCGAUCGGCCAAUGUUUUCAAACAGCUUGCUGGCGUGGCACCAACUCGGAAUGAGCAGAAAUGAAGAAGGAAGCAAUGAAAGGAGCCGGCUGGUUCCGAAACUAAUCACUUUGCUCUCUGGGAAAGGGAAUGACAUCCUGAUACAGAUGGGUGCCACCCUUCAUGAUCAUCAACGUUUUCGCACCACGAUUCCUUCGAAGCUGUGGUCAUGGCGGACCAUAUGUGGAUGGCCGUGGCCUGCGGCAGAGACAGAUCACAUAAAUCGAUUUGAACUUCGGGCAGUAUACACUGCCCUGAGAUGGCGAGUUCUUAGGCGAAAAGAACUGAAAACUCGUUUCAUCCACCUUACCGACUCAAUGGUUUGUUUGCAUGUUCUUUCACGCGGUCGCUCCAGCUCCCGCAAGAUCCAAUCUUUGAUGUAUCGCAUCUCCUCGCUGCUUUUGGCAACAGGCCUCCACCCGUUCCUUGCGUAUGUCUCCACCCACACGAACCCAGCCGACCGACCGAGUCGGCGGAUCCGCGUCAGACGGAAAUGGGGAAAGCAGCGUUUGGGGAGUUUGCGAUCAAACACGGUUACCUCUCGCACCAAGCAACGGUACGAGGCCGCCCUCAAAACCUUUUAUCUUUACGCUCAGACUCAAGGACUCCGAAUCCCUGACGAUGCGGAUGGAGUCGAUGAAAUUUUCGCUGAAUUCAUUGAACAUUUGUGGGAGGAGGGUGAAAGUCUUUCGGUAGCGACGGACGGGCUGUCGGGCUUGCAGGACCUUCGGCCAAAGUUCCGCGGAAGUUUGUCACUCUCGUGGCGCUUAGUCAAGACUUGGCAGAAGAAAGAAGUAGCAUUUUACUGCCUCCUCCGAACAGGUGAGCUUUUGCAGCUCCAAGCCAGUCACAUCGACGUCUCGCCUAAUUUGGAUUUCGCUGUCAUCAGUUUGGGACUUACGAAAACGUCACAAAG